AGCACUUGGAUUACCGGGCGGUGAACUGUCACCGCUCAUAACGGCUACGGACCGGCGCCCUGCCCAGCACUCCUCUGCCGCGCGCACCGCCGGUCAUUAAUUCAUCUCAUAAAAAGGCAGACACCUGUGCAAAGCCGCUGCCUUAGCAGCAUUUUAUUGAUUUUUAUUAUGGGUUUUAUCUCCGUGGAUGCACAAAAUAAAGUUUUUUUUUUUAUUGACGCUGCGUUUAAUAGGAGCGCAAAAGCUGCGAGUCCGUCUCUGAGAAAGGACACCGAGCUUCUCUGGACCUCCUCAGCAUCUGUUUCUUUUACCGGCGCUGCUGUUUGUAAAAUCUGUUGAACGAUUCGCCUGCUAGAGGAAGAUAUGACGUUAGCGGGCUCCCUUUGGAUCCUUUGGUUUCUCCUGGUGCGCAGGGUGGUGGGAGGUGCUGAGUCAAUCUUGGAUCCAUCACUCAGGCCUGGAAAUAGCAUGACAGAUGGACAGAGCCAGGCGGUGAGCCAGGGUCAAUAUGAAUGCCUUGAGCUAUCCAACAAAGACCACCAAGAAAACAGAACGGGUUUGUUCUGCGAACGUAUGUGGGAUGGCUUUUUGUGCUGGGACGAGACACCGGCUGGGAUGGCUGUAACACAAAACUGUCCAGAUCACCCUGACAUGGACCCAACUGAAAAAGUGACAAAAUAUUGUGAAGAAUUGGGUAACUGGGUCCAGGCAGGGUCAAACACUUGUCAUCCGGCUUCGAAGAACAAGUUAGAGAAGGAAGUUCCCCAUUUUUUAAGGGAUGCUGCUGGAGAGCCGACCACAGAGGCCACAGGGGUUAACGCAGAAAAAAGAAGCGUUGUGGAAAAACUGAUCCUCAAGAAUGAAAGGAAAUGCUCAGAGAAAAUGAAGCAAGAUCCACCUUAUAACAAAUCAGGGCUGCACUGCAGUCGUAACUGGGACAGUUGGUUGUGCUGGGACGACACUCCGGUGGGAACCUACGCCUCCCAAAACUGCCCCAAUUAUUUUGGCGACUUUGACCCCACAGAAAAGGUAACUAAGUACUGUGGAGAGGAUGGUCAGUGGUUUCACCAUCCAGAGUCCAAUAUGAUUUGGACCAACUACACACUCUGCACAACCACCCAAGAGAAGAGACUGAGGAAACUUAAAACGCUUGAGAAUGAAUACAAAUGCCUCCUGAAACUAAGUCGAGACCCACCUUUUAACAAAUCAGGGCUGCAUUGUAGUCGUACCUGGGAUGGCUGGCUGUGCUGGGAUGACACUCCAGCCGGAACCUUUGCCUCCCAGAACUGCCCAGAUUAUCUUGUUAACUUUGAUCCCAAAGAAAAGGCAACUAAGUAUUGUGGAGAAGAUGGACAGUGGUUUCACCAUCCAGAGAACAAUAGGACUUGGACCAAUUAUACACUCUGUGCUCUCAACACCAAGGUGAGGUUGAAGGCAGCCUCCCAUCUCUCAGGGGACACAGAGGUAGAUUCCGCUGAUGAGACCACAGUCAGCCCCUUGGUUAACCCGGAGGAACAGGAAAUUGUGAGAAAGAAAAUUCUUGACAGCCAGUACAAAUGCUUUGAGAAAAUAAAUCGAGAUGCACCCUAUAACAAAUCAGGGCUGCACUGCAGUCGGAACUGGGAUGGCUGGCUUUGCUGGGAUGACACACCAGCGGGAACAUACACCUCUCAAAACUGCCCCAAUUAUUUUGUUGACUUUGACCCAACAGAAAAGGCCACUAAGUACUGUGGGGAGGACGGGCAGUGGUUUCGCCACCCGGAUACCAACAGAACUUGGUCCAACUACACACUCUGCAAUGAAAACACCAAGGCAAAGUUGAAGUCAGCGUACAUCCUGUUUUACAUGGCCAUUGUGGGUCACGCUUUAUCCAUAGCCUCCCUGCUCAUCUCUCUGGCCAUUUUCUUCUACUUCAGAAGUCUGAGCUGCCAAAGGAUCACCCUGCACAAGAACCUCUUCUGCUCCUAUGUGCUCAAUUCAGCCCUCACCAUCAUCUCCCUCGUAGCAGUUGUCAAUAAUCCUGAAGUGGUGGGCAGAAACCCAGUUGGCUGUAAGGUGUUGCACUUCUUCCACAUGUACAUGCUGGGCUGCAAUUAUUUCUGGAUGCUGUGUGAAGGUAUCUACCUGCACACGCUCAUCGUAGUGGCUGUGUUUGCAGAGGAGCAGCAUCUGCACUGGUACUACCUCCUGGGCUGGGUUUUUCCUCUAGUGCCUGCUUCCAUCCACGCCGUGGCAAGGAAAAAGUAUUUUGAUGACAACUGUUGGAUGAGUGUGGAAACCCAUCUGCUCUACGCGGUCCAUGGUCCAAUAGUGGCAGCGCUUCUUGUGAACCUCUUCUUUUUACUAAAUAUUAUAAGAGUGUUGGUGACCAAGUUGAGAGACACACACCGGGCAGAGUCUAACAUGUACAUGAAGGCAGUGAGAGCCACCCUGAUCCUGGUGCCCCUGCUGGGAAUACAGUUUGUCAUUAUUCCCUGGAGGCCAGAGAACCCCUUAGCUGGGGAGGUGUACGAGUACAUCAUGCACAUACUAAUGCACUACCAGGGACUACUGGUGGCAACAAUAUUCUGCUUCUUUAACGGAGAGGUGCAGGCAGCUCUAAAGAGACAGUGGAUGCAGUAUAAGACCCAGUGGGGUCAGAGACGAAAGGACCACUGCUCAAUGCGCUCCACGUCCUACACAGCCACCUCCAUUACCGAGGUACCCGCCUUCAUGUACCACCAUGACUGUAACAGCGAACACUUGAACGGGCGCAAUACUGAGGACUCUGAACUGGUGGCGCUAAAAUCAGGAGAGACGUAUGCUUGAACAGCCGAAGAACAGAGGUGUACAGUGGAAGGGAAAUCCGGGUCGCCCGCAAUAUCUCAGUGAUUAAAGCUCAGAGGAUGAUGCCCAAGACAAUGAUACGGGUCUGGAAAAAAA